AGCUACCCUGGUCAAAAUAUCCUUAUUUCUUAUAUAAAAGAGCGAAAAGGCAAAUCGUCGUAUCGUGGGUUCUUGAACUUACAUCGCGAUGUCAUUGUUUUCAUUAUUUCUUCAUCCCUUUCAAAGGACUGGCGUGAUCUUGAUACUUCUUGGGCGCGUCGGUUUUUGGAAGAAGCAAAGGAGCUAUUAAAUCAAACAAUUUUUUUGGCUUUAAAGGAAAAAGUGUGUUUUUUUUAUUUUGCAAAGGAAGGGCAACUCCUAGUUGGCUCUCAUCCUGAAUCUGGAGAAUUACUGGGCUUGUUCGCUUUGGUAAAGACAGAGCGUUCACAACAUGCAGAAGUUUUGCAAACAUACUGGCAGGGGGUGAUUGAAGAACGAAAAAAG